UGAAUACUGGUCAGACUGCAAACUUCCUCGACAAAGGGCCAGACAGAGCAUUGCCAAGGGCGUAGCAGCAAGAUACAAGGAGCCAUUUUCUGACAGGCCUCGAAGUCGAACAUGGCUGUGGAUAUGACUGCACCGUAACAGAGGAGGUGUUGCAGCCAAUUGUCUUUCAAAGGAUUUUGUAUUUCAUUUAUAUCCAGAAGAAGAGAAGGGAACAAUGAGUUUUGACCGAGUGCCAUCCAAGUCAGUGGUAAUGGACUGGAAUCCACACCAAUUGGCAGACUACAUGAAGAAGUUGAAUUUAAGUGGCUGCGAUAAAGUCAUUAUGAAAUGUAGCAUAAAUGGACAAAGGUUCUUGAACAUGACUGAAAAUGACCAUCAGAAAUUCCCCAAAAUCCAUGCGCCACUCAUCUCCAAAAUCUGCAGUGAAAUCAACAGGAAAGAAGAAAAAAGGAGAUUCUUUACUAAAAGAACUGCAGCACCAAAAUACGAACCAGCUAUGCCGCAAGAGGAUCAGCCCUGGGGACCGGAUGAAUUUGAUGAGGGAAGUGACGAAGACUAUGAGAAUCCAGAUGCUGAGGAAGAUGACGGCAGUGGGGGAGAUUACGAGUCACCAACAGAGGAUGUUGGACAUGAGGACAGUGACAACGGCUAUGAGUCACCUCCGUCUGAGGCGCCUGAAGAGAUUCCCCAUCAGCUCCGUGCUGCCAAGUCCAUGGCUGACGGGGAAUAUAUUGAUAGUGCACCGCACCGCAAUACAGCUAGAAGCCAUCCUCCUCCAACAACUCAACGACCUGGGGCUGGUCCUCCAAUCCCCUCUGCCAGUCACCCUAGUCUACUGCAGCCUCCCCCACCCAGAAGAGAGCAAUCUCCCCAGCACCCUGGCAGAAUACCUGGCAAGUUGCCUGCUACUUCCUCAAAUGCAGCCCCUGCUCCACCAGUUGACCGCAGAAGAAAGCCCACCAAACUGGAUCGCACAAGACUUGAUGAAUCUCCAAUACCAGCAACGAAGUUAAACACAACUAACAGGCCUGCUCCACAUUCAUGGAGGCCUCAGGCAGAAGAGAGGGGUCCAGACCCUCCCAGAAUGCCCAAACCUCCCCUCCCUGUGUCAAGUAGUGUCAGCAGGAGCAGCUCGUCGGUCGGCAGAGCCCCGCUGAACAGCAACAGAUAUGUGCCUGAUGCAAGAAAUGAGGUACAAGAUGAUGUGCCCAUGCCCAAACCAUACAACUCCAACACAUUUCCCAGGCCAGGGCACCCUAGAGCAGUGCUCCCCGGACUAGCCUUACAUUCAGACGGCUUUCCUCCUAAUAUCGCUUCAACUGCAUCUCUACCUUCAAAACUGCAGGCACUGCAGGCAUCCAUCUCACCGAGGGGCAGUUCUAGGAUUGUGCCAGACAGACACAUUAUGCCCGCUCCGCCACCUAUGCAAGCUUCUAUCCCCCCACCGGCAGACCUAGAGGACGAACAGGACCUGAACCCUGAGUGGUACGUUGGCCAGGUGACACGGGGUCAAGCGGAGGGCUGUCUCAGACAGGUCAACAUGGACGGUACAUUUCUGGUACGGGACAGUUCGAAACGUUCGUCCAUUCAGCCCUAUACACUCAUGGUACUCUACCAGGACAAAGUUUACAACAUCCAGAUUCGCUGUGAACAGAAUGACUUUCUACUGGGGACUGGUCUGAAGGUCUCAGAGACCUUUCCGAUGGUGGCACACAUCAUUGCCCAUUACAGACAGAAACCGCUUCUGCUGAUUGAUGCUAAGAACCGUGGAUCAGGACAGCAGAGCCAGUGUCCCCUGAUCUACCCAGCAGGCGGAGCACUAGCACGUCUCUACCCAUCCUUUUAACAGGCAGCUGGGGGAGUGAUAACAACAACAUGGAGCAAUAGUCAAGAUUCACAGUGGUUUUAAAGGACUGCCACUAACAUUAUGGGUGGAAGGACUUAUGCAUCCUUUGAAUUGCAGUUCAAUGUCUUUUACAUGUAAGGUAAUUUCAUGUAAAGACAAGUGACUCUUGGAUGGAGAUGGUAGGUACGGUACAUCUCUGUCACCUGUUCACUGUAUGGACCUCAGAAAGAAAAGUCCAUAUACACAAUAAUAUUUGUAGUUUUUGUCUCAAUGUGUAUUUUUUAUUUCAAUAUUGAAAGCACAGAAGCUGAAAAUGUACAUGUGAGUAGUUAUGUAAAUGCUUGUGUUUGCUGUCUGUUAUUUCCCAGUUACAUGCAAUGGAAAGGUCUAUUUCCCAGUUACAUGCAAUGGAAAGGUCUAGAAUAGCAGCUAGCUCUGCAAUGAAUCAGAAGCAGCAUACAUUAUCCAAGUAAGGAAAUAGUGGCGUAGACAGUCAGUCACAACUGCUGAGCUAUUAUAAUAUGGAUUUUGUUUCAAUUUCCUGCAUUGUUUAAUGGUUAAAUGAAAACGAUAUUAUUCAAUCUCUCACACUGUAUGUUCUAUAACAUAGCUGUUAUCUAUGUUUCAAAUAAACUUUUGCAUUUUUUUAUUGGAAA